UUGUGUUAUCAUGCUGUAUCAAACCAGAGAAGCAAAUAGCUUCUCGGCUGCGUUUCCCAAUGCGGAUUUUUCCUUCGUGCGGUGGGGCACUUUUGUGCUUCUGGGUGUUCUUGCUUUUUACAGUGAGUUUCUGCUAUGGUAAUGAUAAGACAGUACUCGAGGUAGUUGGGAUUGGAGAAUGUGCCGACUGUGAGCAGAGUAACAUUAAGACUAGCCAUGCCUUUUCAGGGCUUCGAGUGACAAUUGACUGCAAGCCAGCGAACGGACACUUCAAGACAAGGGCGGCAGGGGAGUUGGAUGAAGAAGGAAAGUUUAAAGUGUCUCUUCCUCAGGAGAUUGUGGAAGAUGGAAAGCUGAAGGAAGAAUGCUAUGCGCAGCUCCACAGUGCAUCAGCUCUACCAUGCCCUGCCCAUGAUGGCCUACAAUCCUCCAAAGUAAUAUUCAAGUCCAAAGCCAAUGGAAAACACACCUUUGGGCUGGCUGGUAAACUCAAGUUCUCCCCUGUGACAUGCACUUCAGCCUUCUUGUGGCCUUACUUUAAGCACCCACCACUACCCAAAUUGCCACCCUUCCAUAAGUCUCACCCACUCCUUCCUAAGUCCCCGCUUCCACCUUUGAAGGGCUUUGGCCAUCCAUUCCCCUUCCCUCCUAAGGUCUUUCCCCCCAUAUAUAAGAAGCCUUUUCCCCCACUUCCACCAAAGGUCUUCCCUCCCAUAUAUAAGAAGCCUUUCCCGCCUAUCUAUGAGAAGUCACCUCCUCCCCCAACAACUGUCUAUGAGAAGUCACCUCCUCCACCAGUUCCUGUUUAUGAGAAGUCACCUCCUCCCCCAACACCUGUUUAUAAGAAGUCACCUCCUCCACCAGUUCCUGUUUAUGAGAAGUCACCUCCUCCCCCAACACCUGUCUAUAAGAAGUCACCUCCCCCACCAGUUCCUGUUUAUGAGAAGUCACCUCCUCCCCCAACACCUGUUUAUAAGAAGUCACCUCCCCCACCAGUUCCAGUUUAUAAAAAACCACUUCCUCCACCAGUACCUAUUUAUAAGAAGCCGCUUCCCCCACCAAUUCCAAUUUAUAAAAAACCACUUCCUCCACCUGUACCUAUCUAUAAGAAGCCGCUUCCCCCACCAGUUCCAAUUUAUAAAAAACCACUUCCUCCACCAGUACCUAUUUAUAAGAAACCGCUUCCCCCACCAGUUCCAAUUUAUAAAAAACCACUUCCUCCACCGGUGCCUAUCUAUAAGAAACCGCUCCCCCCACCAGUUCCAAUUUAUAAAAAACCGCUUCCCCCACCUGUUCCUACAUUCAAGAAGCCAUGUCCACCUCUUAUUCCAAUCUACAAACCAAAACCACCAGUAUUCUAUAAACCUCUUCCUCCAAUCCCAAAGAUCCUUCCUCCACCUAUACCAAUAUUCAAAAAGCCCCUUCCACCUCCCAUUCCAAUCUACAAGCCAAAACCACCAGUAUUCUAUAAACCUAUUCCUCCCAUUCCAAUCUACAAGCCAAAACCACCAGUAUUCUACAAACCUAUUCCUCCCAUUCCAAUCUACAAGCCAAAACCACCGGUAUUCUACAAACCUAUUCCUCCCAUUCCAAUCUACAAGCCAAAACCACCAGUAUUCUACAAACCUAUUCCUCCCAUUCCAAUCUACAAGCCAAAACCACCAGUAUUCUAUAAACCUCUCCCUCCAAUCCCAAAGAUCCCUCCAUUUCAUAAGAAGCCAUGGCCACCUCUUCCUAAGCUACCCCCCAUCCACAAGCCACAUCCUAAGUAUUUCCCCCAUCCCAAGUUUGGAAAGUGGCCUCCCUUGUCACCUUUCCCUCCUCAUGCUUAGGUACUGCAGUAUUUAUUCCAAAUCUAAGUGUAAAGUGUAAACAAUGUUGGUGCUGAUCAAGGUUGGUGUAGAAUUUUAUAAUUACGGCAAUAAAUCCAUCAAAGAAGAGAGAUGACGCAAAUGAUGAAAAAGCAUGCAGAGAGGUGGUGGUUUGGUGGGGAAUCAUUGUUUAUUACUUAAUUGUUCACGUUAGAUGUGUGUGGUUGUGUGAUUUUUUCUUACUACGAACUUAAAUGCAUUGACUGCUGUAUUAAUAAUGCUACCUUUUGUCUAGCAAUGUAUAAAACCUCCAGUACUUGUGAUUGCUUUUACUUGAUAUAUAUAUUCUCAAUAAAAGCAGGUUCAUGAUGGCAAA